AUGCCGGGAAAAAUAAGAAUCGACUAUGACAAUGAAGAUAUUUAUGAAGGAGAAUUAGACAACGAAGACCGGCCACAUGGCCGAGGCGUCUAUACUCACCAUACGGAAGCAGGUGAGGUACAAGUGGGAGUAUAUGAUGGUGAAUGGCAAAAUGGUAAAAAGCAUGGCGAAGGAGCACAUCAUUAUAGAAAUGGCGAUGUCUACAACGGUUCAUGGCAAAAUGGUCUAAGACAUGGACAUGGAACUUACACUUAUCAUAAAAAAACUGCAAAUCAAUCGGUUAAAUAUGUUGGUAAUUGGGAAAAUGACCAGAAACAUGGCAAAGGUACGAUGACGUUUUCAAAUGGUGAUAAGUAUGAAGGUGAUUGGAAGAAUAACAACAUGGAAUCGAAAAAGUCUAUUUAUACUUAUAAGGACAAUUCAAAAUAUGAAGGCGCAUGGAAAAAUGAUGAUAAGAAUGGCGAAGGCGUUUUGACAUAUAGCAACGGUGAUGUUUAUGAAGGACAAUUCAAAGACGGAAAAAGACAUGGCAAAGGAACGUAUAAGUUCUCUCAGGGACAAUCAAAAGUAGGAUAUUAUGUAGACGAUAAACGUGUCAGUGGAAAACCCAAUGGUUCUGAACAGGCCGCUACGACAACGACUUCAAAUGCAACUUAUCCAGAACAUGACGCUCGGCGACUACCUCAAAAAGAGAAGUCCGAUCAAAUUAAAAUUGCCAUUUAUAUGAAUCAAGAAGAUUUCAUACCAAUUAUACCCGUGACGAGAGAUCGUAAAACACAAGUGUUUGAGCAUAGAUGUCAGUAUGAAACACCCGAUUGUUGUACACAUUACAAACCUUUGAAUGAAUAUGAUAUAUCAAUCAUCCUAAAGAGAUUACCGUAUGUUGAUAAAUAUACACAAUUAAGUCAAUACGUACCUCAAAUGGAACGUCCAGAUUGUUCGAAACGCAGUCGAUGUCCACAUCAACAAGACAAGGCAUUUGUUAUUGAUAUAUCAACACAAACGGGUAUUAUUAUUGUACAAAUCGAAACGAUGGACUCAGUGAAGACUGCAAUUUCAAUUAAUGAAAUGGAUAUACUGGUGUACAACGCUUUUGUUAUCGAAAACGUAGAUGACAUGAAACUUCCUAACAAAAUCAAUGAUUUCGAUAAAGAAUAUAAGAUACAAUCAGUUGACCAAGCUGAUACUUACAAAGUUCCUUUGUUACACCAUGAAAACGAUUUACGAAUUGGUACUCCACUAGUUGAACAUCCCGAUAGAGUUUUACUUCCUUCAGCAACAAACAACCAUGAUCAGUUAUCACCAUCGUACUGCUGUCAUUGUCCAUCUGUUGAUAUUAUUAGUCAAUGCGAAAUCCGUUGCAGACCAAUUACGCCAGUGGUAAGAAGCUGCUGUGCCUCCUGUGCACAAUGCUUCGGAAAUUUGCGAAGAAAACUCUGUAAAUGCUGCAAUCCAUCACCUAACCCAGAUCCACCGCCAGAUCCACCCUCAACUCCACCGCCAGUCCCACCACCAGUUCCACCACCGCCUUGCUGUCCUCCAGUGGCAAUUGUUGGUGCAUGCUGUACAUGUUGUUCAAUGACGGUUCGAGCUCCAGGACGCUGUUGGACGAAACUAUGCAAAAAUCGAGGACCACACCCUGAACAAGUUCCACAACCAACUCCACCACCAGCUCCACCGUCAACUCCACCGCUAGUGCCACCACCAGCUCCACCGCCAGUUCCACCACCAACUCCACCGCUAGUGCCACCAUCACCUUGCUGUCCUCCAGUGGCAAUUGUUGGUGCAUGCUGUACAUGUUGCUCAAUGACUGUUCGAACUCCAGGACGCUGUUGGACGAAACUAUGCAAAAAUCAAAGACCACGCCCUCAUGUUCACCCUGAAACUGACGAUAUGAAACAACCUGUUUUACUCAAUCGUAGGGAUUUUUCAGCACCACUGUCUCCUGUACUAGAAACCCUCGAUUCUUAUAAGGUUUCCAAAAUGAAGAAUGCUAUAGACACUAAUAUACUUCCGGAUGUUGGUCAACAUGAAAAUUCUGAUAUGAUUAAACCGCCUGUGUCUGGCAAUAAUACAGAUACUUAUCACCUUAAACCAUGUUCUCCUGAAAAAGAACAACCAGAUGGAGGAAAACAACCAAAGGCGAAGAACCGAUCCGGUCAAUUUGAGCAUAUGCCACAAGUGGAACAUUCCGAUCAAGCAAAACAUUACUUACCGCGAUGUAUACCACAACCAAAGCAUCAGGUUGAAUAUCCUGAUCAAUUGAAAAUUCUGAAAGGUCGGCCGUAUACUGAAAAACCUGAUCUGGUUAAAUAUCCUGCGCGAUUCAAUAAAGUCGACAAACCACCUAUUCGCGCUAGACACAAACCUCAAGUUGAAAUACCAGAUCGAUAUAAACGAUGCGAAAUCAUCCAUAGAAGAGACAGAAUUCAUAUGAUUCAGACAGAACAACCUGAUGAAAUCAAACGAUCAAAAUAUUUACCACAUCAUAAUAAGAAGCCUCCCAAAGUACCUCUGGAUAAACGUCAUUAUCCGACACGAAAUUUUUAUGUUCAAGUUUUCAAGAAAAAUGAUUUUUCUCGAUCUGCUUAUUGUAAAUCAUGUUCGAUGGAUACUAUCCUAUCUGAAGCAACGCAAAAUUUAUCAAUGUCGAUGGCUGCUCGACAUCUGUUCGAUAUGCAUGGAAGAGAAAUCUUUCGACGAGAAGAUAUCCGACAGGAUCGAUCAUAUUACGUGACAUAA